AUGCUCAAGCGAUUUUCCACUUUGCUCAUUAGAAGAGGACUUUCGACAUUUCAGAAUGACGGCGCCUUCAAAGUUCAUCCAUCGGUAUCAAAUGCAUUGGCAGAAAGCCGCCCAGUGGUGGCGCUUGAGAGCGCUAUCAUCACUCAUGGCAUGCCCUAUCCUCACAACCUCAGCACAGCCAGAGAGGUGGAGGCCGUAGUGAGGGCCCAGGACGCCACCCCAGCCACUGUCGCGGUGAUUGAGGGCAAAGUUCACGUCGGUCUGUCCAUGGAGGAGCUGGACUUCCUGGCCCGCUGCGACGGCUCCGUCAAGGUGUCUCGACGUGACCUGCCGUAUGUGCUGAGCCAGGGACUCUCUGGAGGAACGACCGUGUCGGCCACCAUGAUAGCGGCACAGCGGGUUGGCAUCCCCGUGUUUGUCACUGGAGGUAUCGGGGGAGUGCACAGAGAUGGAGAGAAGAGUUUGGACAUCAGUGCUGAUCUCACAGAACUCGGCCGGACUCCCAUUGCUGUGGUAUCAGCUGGGGUCAAGUCUAUUCUAGACAUUGGACGCACUCUGGAGUUCCUAGAGACACAGGGCGUUUGUGUCGCCACCUACGGACCGUCAAAAGAUUUCCCGGCCUUCUUCUCUCCUCUAAGCGGAUUCACUUCACCGUACGGAGUCAGGGAUCCCGACGAGGCUGCGCAGCUCAUCGAGAGUGCUUUGUCGCUUGGUGUCCACAGUGGGGUCCUGAUAGCUGUGCCCAUCCCCAAGGAGCACGCAGCAGCUGGACGACAGAUAGAGCGAGCGAUACAGACGGCCGUGGCGGAGGCAGAUGCUCUGGGCAUCAAAGGAAAAGACGUGACGCCGAACAUUCUCCAAAGGGUCAACGACCUGAUGCAAGGACAGUCCCUUCAAGCCAAUAUCGCUCUCAUUCAUAACAAUGCGAAAGUUGGCAGCCAGAUAGCUUUUGCACUGUCAAAGCGGAUGAAGACGAAAAAGCCAAGUCCCGCAUCACAUCGUCAUCAACCCGCUAGACAAUCAGAAAAUAAUAUCGUUGUCGUCGGGGGCAUAAAUGUGGAUUUUAUUGCAAAAGGGAAAACGAAAACAUUUCAAUUUGGGCAGACCAACCCAGGAAGUGUUUGUCAGUCAUACGGCGGCGUCGGAAGGAACAUCGCCGACUGCCUGAGUCGUUUGGGCCAUCAGCCGAUGUUCAUCUCGGUCACCGGCGCUGAUUCUCACAGCGAUGGCGUCUUCAACUAUUGCAAGCAUAUGGAUACCAGCGGCGUGACGAGGUUGGAAGGCCAAAGCACCGCUACUUACUGUGCUGUUAUCACUGAAAAUGGAGAACUCAGUCUUGGAUUGGGCGACAUGGACAUUCACCAGCUAAUAACAGAACAAUAUGUGUCACAGUUUGAAAACCAGCUUUUGUCGUCCACCUUGGUGUGUCUUGAUGGAAACAUACCCGCCUCCACCAUCGGAUAUGUUUGCUCCAUGGCCAAACAGCACAACAUCAACGUUUGGUACGAGCCUACGGAUUCAGAAAAAGCUUGCAAGCCCUUUCUGUCCGACGCCUGGAAGUCGAUGUCCUACGCGUCACCCAACCUGGUGGAGCUGUGCACCAUGAAUAAAACGCUUGGCCUCCAAACACCUAAAGCGCUUCCAAACUCCCUGGAGCAGGUGCUGAGUCUGGCCUUGGCCCUCUCACGCCCUCUUCUGGAGCACCUCCACUGCUUGGUGGUGACCCUGGGAGAGAACGGAGUGCUGGUAUGCGGUGAGCACCACAUGGGCUCAGUCAACCUGCAGCCAAGAAUCGAGAAGAAGGCAAGGAAGCUCUGCGCUGUCCACUACCCAGCAGUGAGUGUCGCAGCACAUACGACGGUAAACGUCUCGGGAGCAGGAGACAGUCUCGCAGGCGCCUUGAUGGCCGGGAUCGUCCAGGGUCGAGACACUGACGCUUGCGUCCGGAUGGGUCUCCUGGCCGCGCGCUCGUCACUCGCAUCGCCGCAUCCUAUCGCCCCCGUCCUGAGUGCGCACUCUGUAGAGCCCGACCUCAUCAAAAACCACAGCUGGCCCAAACCGGCAUUCAUGUGGAUUGACUGAAAGUGUUUGGAGAUGCUCCCGAGAAAUUGUCCAUAGAAUGUUUUGUUGUUUGUCUGUAUGUUCUCUGUGAUUGGCUGCUCGGACCCACACUAAUCCUGACCCCGCCUGUGUGGAGUUUGCAUGUUCUCCCCAUGCCUGCGUGGGUUUUCUCCGGGCACUCCGGUUUCCUCCCAUAUGCCAUCAACAAUUGCUCCGAGGUAUGAUUGUGAGUGUGACUGUUUUGUCUGUAUGUGCCCUGCGAUUGGCUGGUAACCAGUUCAGGGUGUUCCCGGC